CAUUGUUUUGACUGAAAAUGCCGUCGGUUUCGAAAGCGGCGGCGGCGGCGCUGAGCGGGUCCCCCCCGCAGACCGAGAAACCAACCCACUACAGGUAUCUAAAGGAGUUUAGGACAGAGCAGUGCUCCCUGUUUUUGCAGCAUAAGUGCAGCCAGCACAGGCCGUUCACCUGUUUCCAUUGGCAUUUCCUAAAUCAGCGUCGGCGCAGACCGCUCCGACGACGCGAUGGCACCUUCAACUACAGCCCGGACGUUUACUGUUCCAAGUACGACGAGGCCACCGGCCUGUGCCCCGAUGGUGAUGAAUGCCCUUACCUGCAUCGAACAACCGGGGACACAGAGCGCAAGUACCACCUGCGCUACUACAAGACAGGCACGUGUAUUCAUGAGACAGACGCACGGGGCCACUGUGUGAAGAACGGGCUGCACUGUGCCUUUGCUCACGGGCCCCUGGACCUCCGGCCGCCUGUGUGUGACAUCAGGGAGCUCCAGGCCCAGGAAGCCCUGCAGAAUGGCCAGCUCAGCGGAGGGGAUGGGGUGCCAGAUCUGCAGCCUGGGGUCUUGGCCAGCCAGGCUAUGAUCGAGAAGAUCCUUGGUGAGGAUCCUCGGUGGCAAGACAGUAACUUCGUAUUGGGCAGCUAUAAGACAGAGCAGUGCCCGAAGCCACCACGCCUAUGUCGCCAGGGCUACGCCUGUCCACACUACCACAACAGCAGAGACCGCCGUCGGAACCCCAGGAGGUUCCAGUACAGGUCUACGCCCUGUCCUAGUGUGAAGCACGGUGACGAAUGGGGCGAGCCCUCGCGGUGUGACGGUGGGGACAGCUGUCAGUACUGCCAUUCCCGCACGGAGCAGCAGUUCCAUCCUGAGAUCUACAAAUCUACAAAAUGCAACGAUAUGCGCCAAACUGGCUACUGCCCUCGGGGUCCUUUCUGUGCCUUCGCACACAUUGAGAAGAGCCUGGGUGUGGUGAAUGAGUGGAGCAGCCGUGAUCUCAGUUCUAACAGCACCUCAGCGUACAGCAGCCAGCCUGGAAGUGCCAAACGGAAAGAUUCCCCCUCUGAAGGAAGCCAGAAAGCUUCUGAGGACAGCAAGCAGAACCACCUUGCCGUGUUCUCAGUGGCUCACCCCCUGGCCCCCAGCAUAAGCUCCAGUGUGGCAUCCAGCCUGGCAUCCAGCACUGGCUCGGGUAGCUCCUCCCCCACCACGCUGCCCACCCUCCCCACCCGUGCCCUUCCACUGGACCCAGCUGGCAACACUGUGGAGGCAGUCAUAGGUUCUGCCUUAGAUCUUCGUCUUAGUGACAUAAACAUCGCAUCCUUAGAUAAAGACUUAGAAGAGCAGGACCUUGGGUUGACAGGUCCCAGGUCGCUGGCAGGCUCAGCACCCGUCACCAUCCCGGGCUCCCUGCCCCGCUCGCCAUCCUUGCACUCGUCCUCAUCCCUGUCCACCUCCCCACUCAGCUCGCUCUCUCAGUCCCUGUCUGGGCCACUCGUCUCCUCGGCCAUGACGCCCCCCCAGCAGCCAGCACCCCUCCGGUCGGAGCCGGCUACACUGGGCUCUGCAGCCUCAUCUUACAGCUCUUUAGGUUUGAACGGCGUCCCUGGGAGCAUCUGGGACUUUGUUUCUGGCAGCUUCUCUCCUAGCCCAUCCCCCAUUCUGAACUCUGGCCCUUCGGCUUCCUCAAGUGCAAGUCCCAACAGUGCCGAGCUGGCCCGGGUCAGGCGGCAGCUAGAGGAGGCCAAGAGGAAGAUUAGACAGUGGGAGGAAUCCUGGCAGCAAGUGAAGCAGGCCUGUGAUGCCUGGCAGAGAGAGGCUCAGGAGGCCAAGGAAAGAGCCCGUGUGGCCGACAGUGACCGGCAGCUGGCCCUGCAGAGGAAAGAAGAGGUGGAGGCCCAGGUGAAGCAGCUUCAGGAAGAAUUAGAGAGCCUGGGUUUGUCCUCACUGCCAGGGCUUCGAAGCUUGGGUGACAUCAGUGACAUCCCUCUCCCCAAGCUGCAUUCUCUCCAGAACCAGCUGCGCUUGGACUUGGAAGCUGUGGAGGGGGUGAUCUUCCAGCUCCGUGCCAAACAGUGUGUGGCCUGCCAGGAGCGGGCCCAUGGCACUGUCCUGCGGCCCUGCCAGCACCGUGUCUUAUGCGAACCGUGUGCAGCCAGUACCCCUGAGUGCCCCUACUGCAAGGGCCAGCCCCUCCCAUGGUGACCAGAGCCAGACCCAUUCCUUCCCCGGUGAGCAGUACAAAGGCCUGGGCAUGCCAUGUGCCACUAGUGUCAAAACUUGCGUCCGGUACCCUACGCUGGCCAGGAUGUAAGUUCAUGCCCACUGUCCAGCAGCCUUUCAUAUCACCUUUUCUUCUUCCUAUGUCCCACCAUCGCUGUAAGGUAUUAUCAAAAAACCUUUGAAGCACCACCAAACCCACUGCCUGUCCCUAGGCAGGUGGCAUAGUUUUGGUGCCCCCAGUCCUGAGGCUGCUGUGGCCAGGCCAAUGGGAGGCCAGGCCUUGUCAAAGCACUUUGUAAACCGAGGGAUUAAUUAGACAUUAUAAAUUGUAUAAGCUGCUUUCUAGGUCCAGGUUUUUAAUAUGCGAUAACAUGAAGCUUUAUACGUAUACUGUGAACUUGAAGUUUCCUAUCAGUUUGUGGUUAACUCAUAGUAAUGGUAACUACGUUAGAUUUCAUACUCUGAAACUAUUUAGGAAAGGAACAUUUAUCUAGUAGUGAAGAACUAGAAUUUUUACAUUUUAAAAUUAAGUGCAAACAGAUAGUAUUUAUAAGCAGAGAGUGGUUAUUGAAAGACACAUAUACAUUUAGAUGUUCUUAAUUUUAUGGAAGGAACUAAUUUUCCUAAACAUGUGCAGGUGCACAUGUAUGUGGAGUUUUAUAUUCCAGUACCAUAGAGUGAUAUCCAGAACUCUGUCACGCACUUAUGUGAUCCGUGGCCACUUCCAAGUGCCUGUGCCUUGCAAGAGAAGUGAAGGAAUUGGUUCAUUUGGUUUUUUCUUCUCCCUUGAAAGACAAUUUCAUGAUAAUGAAAAAAAUGCAACAAAGGAGUCAGACAUUCAGAGGAGUCCAAGAUCUACUCGGGAAGGAGCUGUGCUCUGAUGUCUUGUCUGUAACGGCAAUGGUGCUUUGUAACCUCUGAGUCGCCUGGGGCACCCCAGCUUAUGCUGAACAAAGGGGCAGUAAACCUGAGACUGCAGUCUGCUGACCUGUGACUACCCUCACCUCUAGCUGAUCCAGAGAUGCCCAGAGGCAUGAGUCCAGGACAGUUUUAGCACACAUCUGGUACCUGAGCUGUACCUCCAGAUAACAUCGGAACUCAUCACAUGACCAGCAAACGCGGCUCUGCUGCAGUUCACCCAUCAGCUUCCAAGGUGAAGGCAGGGGCUCACAGCUUGGCCUCAGGCCUGUGGCUCAAAUUCUGCUGAGACUGUUACCUAGGGUGAUGACUUCAGCACUCUACUGUAAAGACUGGGACUGGUCCUGGAAAUCUAGGGAGGAGAUGGUGGCAGACCUCGAUCUGACCUGCAGGUUCUGCCCAGGCCUCGAAGUGGUUCUCCUUCCCUAUGGCUUUGCCAAAGACUUUUAAUAGCAUUUUUUAAGUGCAAAGUGACUAGAUAAAGCAUUUUUAUCACUGACCAAAUUAGAAUGUAUUUAAUAUAGUAGGAAAUUUAAAAGCAUUUUUUAAUAAGACAAACUGUUAGAAAAGACCUAUCAUUUUAAAGGAAAUGGAUCGUCAACAUUCCACAGCUAGCCCACUACUUAAUAAGGUAACUAUUGACCUGAUUUUAGUGACUUUGGUUUUUAAUUAUAGUGAUAAUGAUUUAUUAGCUCAGUACCUAGAUCAUGUGUAUUCUGUGCUACUGUUACCAUGGUUUAAGAUUGUUUAUUUUUAUUCAUAUUUAUGCACUGUUUCCCAUGUCAGGCCUUUGGUCUCUGUGGUAACAGGACAGUGUUUGUGAUUGAUAGCUCAUCUGGACAAUUUCAAGUGGUAACAGUUAUAAGCAUUAAGCUUUAGACUGUAUGUAAGCUACUCUGGUUGACUCCCUCCUGGGCUGGCAUUCCAGGCUGGGGCUGGGGCAGCCAUGGGGCUGUAGUGUGGUGGUUGGAGGUGGCGCACCCUGGUCCCACCCGUGAGGGAGCUUUCCUGGGCAUCUGCUCUUCUGGGAUCAGGACAGGUGUGCAGGGGAAGACCAAAGAACUUCCCAGAAGGGGCCACUUUCCCCAUCCAUUCCAGACCUCUUAGGAGCGGUUUCUAGGAUCUACCCUGGGUGGGAGGGGCCAAGAAGGGGAGAGAGGGGCUUAAGCCCCCCCCAUAUACGGUUAAUGGGGGUGGGGCCGUGGGCCUAGGAGCUGAGACCCACCAUUGUCCUGAUGCCUGUUGUCUUCUAACUCUCUAGUGUUAAAUAGUAACAGUAAAUGAUAGUGUCAAGUCUUGUGUACCUGGUUGACAGCCCUUUCCCCAGUAUGGAUGCGCAUGUGGAUUAACUUAUGGAAGCCUUUGUGUGCAUUUGUUCUCAGAAAUUAAUUGAGAAUGUUAUGUGAAUGGAAUCUUCUUAAUCCAGAUGGUCAUAUUUAUAAUACAUACCCAUUUACUUUAGU